AUGACCAAGUUGCUUUCCCUAAGCUUCAGCUCUAAUAAUCUUAGCGGACCAUUGCCCACGGAGCUUGGAAAACUGACCGCGUUAAAGCAGCUCCAUUUGACUGACUCUUUCUUCUGUUAUCAAUCCAGGUACAUCGAUAGCAGUGGAGUGAGCGGACCAAUUCCACAAGAUCUUGCGAAUUUGAAAUCCCUGCGGAAACUUUGGGCAUCUGAUAAUCUCUUCACUGGAAAGCUUCCUGAAUUUCUCGGAACGUUGACGGAGCUUGUGGAUCUGCGAUUUGAAGGGACGUCCCUCGAAGGUCCCAUUCCGGACAGUUUUGGCGCUCUAACUAAAUUGGAAAAUCUCAUAAUUGGCGAUCUUGUCGGAGAUGACUCGUCUCUUGAUUUCUUGAGAAAUCAAACAAGUUUAUCUGUGCUAUCUUUGAGAAGUUGUCAACUAUCAGGACAAAUUCCAGAUAUCAUUGGCACUUUUUCUAAGUUGAAAUACCUGGAUUUGAGCUUCAACAAGUUGGAAGGCACAAUUCCAGAUUCAUUCCAAGGUUUCACUAAACUGCAAUUCUUAUUUCUUGGAAACAACAACUUGACUGGGCCGCUUCCUGCGAAUAUCGUCAGUCAAAGCCUCACCGCCUUAGACGUGUCGUUCAAUCCGCUUUCUGGAAAUUUACCGGUGAAUGUGGACAUGAGUGGAUAUUCAAUGAACUUUGUCGGGACAUCCAUAAACGCAGAUUAUCUGGCGGACAGGAAGGCACUGGAGAUGCUUAGCUGCCUUGAAGCCGGUACAGAAUGCGCAAACAAAGCCAAAUCCACUUCCUUUUCUAUCAACUGUGGAGGCACGGAGCAAACAUCAGCAGCCAGCGUGAAAUACGACGACGACUCCAAAACGCUCGAAGCUGCUUCGGUUUACAUGAGCUCCGAUCGCCAAUGGGGUGUCAGCAACAGCGGGUACUUCAUCUUCACUUCCAAUGGACCUCAGUACAUAGUGAAGACGGACUCCCAAAUAACCGGGACUCUAGAAUCGGAGCUGUACAAGACGGCCAGAGUCUCGGCAAGUUCCCUGCGGUAUUAUGGCCUCGGCCUGAAGAAUGGAAAGUACAGCGUCGAGCUUCACUUUGCGGAGAUCAAGAUGGAGGAUGAUGACUCGCGGUCCUGGAAAGGCCUCGGGAGGCGUGUAUUCGAUGUCUACAUUCAGGGCGAGCGUGUCCUCCAAGAUUUCGACAUCCGAAAGCAAGCGGGAGGAUCCAACAGGGCCUUGGUGAGGACGUUCGACGCAAAUGUCACGAACACGGUCCUGGACGUUCACUUCCGAUGGGCAGGGAAGGGCACUUGCUGCAUACCGUCGCAGAGCACGUACGGGCCGCUCGUCUCGGCGAUCAGCGCCUCUCAAGUCUCAGGUGUCGACGGCACGUCAUCCGACGACAACAAGAAGCGUGUCGGGAAGAUAGUCGGGAUAGCAUUUGGGUGCGCGGCCGGUCUGGUCAUAGUCUCGUCGGCAUUCUAUCUAUGGUGGGCGAGGGAAGCGCCGACCGGGCAGAUGCGAGUCCACACGGGAUCGCCGAAAAGAGUCGAAUGAUCUCGGCGAUUGGGGUUUCAGGUUCAUUUGCCGGAGAGAAUGAAGCCUUCCAAGUGUAAAAUCCAUGGCUGGCUGUACGUGGUCUACUAUCAGAAGAUAACUAGCGAGCUGUCUAUUUGCAACGUAAUGUACUAGUCAGGUUGAUUAUCCCUUUGCUUUUACAAGGACCCUGUCCUCGUCCCUGUGAUGGUUGCUGUAUUUUCUUUCGCUCGUCAAAAGCUUUUUUAAAAGCGUUAAGCAAGUCAAAACACUUCAGUUAACACAAAA